UUUUUUUUAAACAUAAGAGUUCACCAUUACUUCCUGCAACCAACAACAGCGUGUAGUUUUCGUUGGAGCUCAUACAAAAUCAAAAUGAGUUUACCGCUGAAUCCCAAACCGUUUCUGAAUGGUCUUACUGGUAAGCCCGUGAUGGUGAAGCUGAAGUGGGGUAUGGAAUACAAGGGAUACCUGGUGUCCGUGGACAGCUACAUGAACAUGCAGUUGGCCAACACUGAAGAGUACGUAGAUGGAGCGUUGGCUGGACACCUAGGAGAGGUGCUUGUCAGAUGCAACAAUGUCUUGUUCAUAAGAGGAGUAGAAGAGGAGGAAGAGGAUGGGGAAAUGAAAGAUGCUUGAAAGCUGAAUGCUUCAGCAGGCUUCUUCUACUUUCUUUAGUUUAUUUUAUUUUUCAUCCGGACGCUAAUCUUGUUCACUGGAUUAGUCCUCGUUUUUUUAAUGAAAAACAUCUUGUUGUGAAAACAGUUAUGUAUUUUUUAUAUGAUGAUGAUGAACCAAGCUGUUGUGCCCCUCAUGGCACAAGGAUAAUAAAAUUGUGCAUAUUGCACUUUUCAGGAA